CAAGUAAACUCGGCCGGGGAGGAAGUCUAGUGCCGACCCGCCUGCCUGGCCCUAAAACGCUCCUUCCUCCAAGCUGUCAUCACACCUCCCUGCUCGGAAAUUAUCAGAAUCCCUUUUUUUUUUAACCCGCUAAAUAAGACCUGACAAUGGCAGCCAAAAUCAAGGCCGGGUCAGUGGUGGAGAUGAAGGGCGACGAAAUGACCCGCGUCAUCUGGGAGCUUAUUAAGGAAAAGCUCAUCUUCCCCUACCUGGAGCUGGAUUUACACAGCUACGACCUCGGAAUGGAGAACCGCGACGCCACCGACGACAGGGUGACGGUGGAGGCGGCCGAGGCCGUGCGGCGCCACAGCGUCGGCAUCAAGUGCGCCACCAUCACGCCGGACGAGAACCGCGUGGACGAGUUCAAGUUGAAGCAAAUGUGGCGCUCGCCCAACGGAACCAUCCGGAACAUCCUGGGCGGCACCGUCUUCCGGGAGGCCAUCAUCUGCCGGAACGUCCCCCGCUUGGUGCCCGGGUGGGUCAAGCCCAUCAUCAUCGGGAGGCAUGCCCAUGGAGACCAGUACAAAGCCACAGACUUCGUGGUUCCUGGGCCGGGCAAAGUGGAGAUGAUCUACACGCCCUCUAGUGGCGAAGCAGUGAAGUUUGUGGUUCACAACUUUGAAGGCACGGGCGGCGUGGCGUUGGGGAUGUACAACACGGACAAAUCCAUCAAGGACUUUGCUCACAGCUCCUUCCAGAUGGCCCUGACCAAAUCUUGGCCGCUCUACCUCAGCACCAAGAACACCAUCCUGAAGAAGUACGACGGGCGAUUCAAGGACAUCUUCCAGGAGAUCUAUGAGAAGGAAUACCGCCCUCAGUUUGAGGCCAAGGGCAUCUGGUACGAGCACCGGCUGAUCGACGACAUGGUGGCCCAGGCCAUGAAAUCGGACGGCGGCUUCAUUUGGGCCUGCAAGAACUACGACGGGGACGUCCAGUCCGACUCCGUGGCACAAGGCUACGGCUCCUUGGGGAUGAUGACCAGCGUGUUGAUCUGUCCCGACGGACGCACCGUGGAGUCGGAGGCGGCGCACGGCACGGUGACGCGCCACUACAGGCAACACCAGCAGGGCAAAGAGACCUCCACCAACCCCAUCGCCUCCAUCUUUGCGUGGACCAGGGGCCUCCUCCAUCGGGCCAAGCUGGACAACAACAAGGAGCUGGGCGUGUUCGCCGAGGCGCUGGAGGCCGUUUGCAUCGAGACCAUCGAGGCCGGCUUCAUGACCAAGGAUUUGGCCAUCUGCAUCAAGGGGCUUACAAAGGUGACGCGCUCUGACUACCUGAACACCUUCCAGUUCCUUGACAAGUUGGCAGAGAACCUGAAGACAAAGAUGUCUAAACAGCCCAAGCUGUGAUCACGCUUACACACACACACAAACACACACACACUUUUCAUAGAUACACACUGCAUCUGGAAGUCUCCCCCGCCAAGUAACUCCAAAGCCGGUAGGAACCAGGCCAGGACUUCCAGCAGGACUUAGGACUCCUAUCAUUCCUUCACACAAGAAGGUGUAGUGUGGGCGUAUCGGGAUGAGUGCCUCCUCUCCUCUCAGUGAAGCACAAACAGACAAAAAUAAUCGACAAGCUGAAGGUGGAGCCUCGCCUGGCUUGUCCAAUAUUAUUAGUAACAAAUAGCAGCAGUGCUCAUGUUGUCAUGUUUGACUCCAACAAUGCUUCAACUGUACCACAGACACACCUCAUCAACACUAAGCUAAAUAAGUGACAAAAAAACUAGUUUUAAAUGUUGUUUUUUAACUGAUUAAUAACUUCAUCCUGCAAUAUGGAACCUCAUGAAAAUAUGCUUUGUAACUCAAAGUAAGAAUGCCUUAAGUUGUUUCCAUGCAAGAAAACUAUUCCACAACUUUUAUUUUAAAUCAUUGUAAAUGUUGUUUAUCAUUUAAACAAACCUAAUAUGACAAUAAAUCAUGUUUUUAUUAGUA